GCCUCCCUGAAACGCCUCACACCGGCCCCAGCAAAAGACCGCUGAUAGCCCUCUCCUUGAUCGUCCCAUCGUCCCUCGCUCUCAACACAUCACACCCACCAAACCACUCGCUAUCUCUAUAACCAUCACUACACUCCAAAACUCGACCCCUCUUCGAAUCAUAAACUAAACGACAAGAGGUGAGGAACCAGCGACUCAGCCACACUUUCGGCAAACCCGGACCCAUAAACGAGCUGACGCGUUCUUCUGAAGCCUACUAACCGCCUUGGUCCCUUCCCAACACUGCAACCCAAAGAACGUCUCUGCCUGCCUCAGGGCUCUACGACAACUUCCCAGCAAAUACCCGCACAUACGCAACCUUGGAACCACCAUGGCUACCGCCGUCCAACCCGCGAUGAUCAUGGCUCCUGCCUUCAACCUUCAUAUGAACCAGUGCCAGGACCCGGAUCAGGAGUUCUUCGACUUCAGCCAACUGCCAUCACCCACACAGCCCGGCCUCAAGCGCGAGUCGAGUGCAGUAUCGAACAUUGCAAGCCCGACGAGCACUACCAUCGACGAGGAUCUGCAAGAGGCUGCGAAACCCAGCCACGAGUAUGAGCGCUUCAAGCAACAGACUGGUAUCCCAUCUGGCUCGAUCGCUGGCCUGAACGCCGGUUUCAACUCUGGUUACCCUGUCUUCUCAUCGUCAGGUCUUGACAUGAUGGGCAACGACUCGAUGAUGGACGGAUGGAACAGCGGCAUUGGCAUGGAUAUGAACAUGGGCAUGGACUACGUGCAAAACACAUACAUGUCCUUCAACAACGACAAGGACGACUUCGUCGAUCCCAGCACCAUCCAGCAAGAGGAGGUACCCGCCGUCAGGCUCUACCCUGGCAUGCACCAGCAGCAGGCUGCUCUUGCCAAGGCACAACAGCAGGCCCAGCAGCAGCGUCAACAACAGCAGAUCGCACGCCAGAGGCAGCAGGCUCAGCUGCACGCACAGCAGCAGCAACAGCAGCGCCCGACGCCUCAGAGCAGCCACAAGACGUCUAGCCCAUUGAGUGAUGCCCGCACAGAGGAGACUAUCCAACGCGUCGUUGCCCAGAUCCGUGCGGACAGCCAGAAUGCUGCUCUCGCCUCCCAGGAUCCCAACGGCAAUGUCCUCCCUCACAUUAUCCGUGCCAAGAAGGACGAAGAGGACAUGGACGAGGACGAGCGUCUGCUUGCUUCGGAGGAGGGCAAGAAGCUCAGUAGCAAGGAGCGCCGCCAGCUUCGCAACAAGGUCUCUGCUCGCGCUUUCCGCUCGAGGAGGAAGGAAUACAUUGGCCAGCUCGAAGGCGAGGUCGCCAUGAAAGUUCAGGAAGCCAAUGAGCUCCGUAACCAGAACCGUGCCCUGAUGGAGGAGAACGCCCGCUCGCGUGCCUUCAUUGAGCGUCUGCUUAGGCACACAGCUUUCGGUCCUUUCCUUGAGGAUUUGGUCGCCGAGGAGAACAUCUCAGCCCAGGCUCCCCUGGCUUCCAUGCCGUCGACCUCAACUCCCGUUGUCUCCGCACCGGCACCGGCCCCCGCUCCUUUCCAGUUCUCGCAGCCCGAGAACACCCACGUUGGCAUGACCAUGGUUCCCGAGACUCAGCUCGACUUCUCGAUGCUGAAUAUCAACAACAACGCCAACAACAAUGCAAACUGGAACAUGAACAAUGGCUUCAACGGCUAUCAGCCCCGCGUCUUUGCUGUAACUGAGCUCCCCGAGGGCCCGGUCAACCCGCUCGACGUCUCCGCCAUGUCUGGCAAGGGUCACAGCACUAUCUUCGUUGUCGAGGACGAGGCCUCUACUGAGGAGGAGCUCAAGCCCGAAUACCCCAUCAUUGAGCGCCCUGUCCAGUCUCAGCAGCCUACCAUGGCCGCUAUCGAGGAGGAUGAGGCUGAGGAUGAGGAGUACGAUCUAUACCGCUCCUCGCCCGCCCUGUCCGCUGCUCCUUCUGCGCCUGUCGAAAACCUUUUCACAAACCCCGAGAAAGCCAGCCGCUUCACGUUGGUCGUCGCGGAUGAGGCUACCGAGGCUAUGCUAGCGGAGCGCCUAGAGAGGAAGAUGGCCGCUAUGGAUCCCGCGUUCCAAAGGAUAGCUGCCAUCACAUCGAUGCUCGACUAUUAGUACGGUCCCGCACAUCCUUGCUCUAUUCUAUCUACAUUCUUGUAUCACCUUAGCGACCUCCCUCAUCAUUUCAGCCUAUCGGCGAGACACAUCACCUUCACUUCUAAACUGCUCUGUAUGACUGUACGAUUUCCUUUGUCCACCUAUAUCCCAAGCUGCACCUAUUGUGGGUCGUUGGAAGUUCUGGCGUUCAAUUCUGCUUCUGUCUAUCUCCUUUGUUUGGGUGCUCUUGCCGCCCGUUGUGGGUGUGCUGAGUUGGGUCGGGAUAGUGAUCAAUCUUCGUUGUAUAUAUAGAUUGGAUCGGCGUCGUGCUUGCUUAGAAGUAGGGAAGCGCAAGGUCGGUCCGGUUGAUAGUUUGAAUGGAUCAG